AAUGGCCCCCUUCUUACGGAUAUCUUUCAACUCAUUUGAGCUGGGACCUAUGGAGAAUCAAGAGGAACAACUACAGCCUUUCUGUGCUAUCAAGAUGAAGGAAGCGUUGACUACAGAGAGAGGAAAAACUCUAGUUCAGAAGAAACCUACCAUGUAUCCAGAAUGGAAAUCCACUUUUGACGCCCACAUUUAUGAAGGAAGGGUGAUUCAGAUUGUUCUCAUGAAAGCAGCAGAAGAGCCGUUAUCUGAAGUGACUGUAGGUGUGUCGGUCCUGGCAGAGCGGUGCAAGAAAGGCAAUGGCAAAGCAGAAUUCUGGCUUGACCUACAACCUCAGGGGAAGGUGCUGAUGGCUGUGCAGUAUUUUUUGGAAGAUACAGACUGCAAACAGUCAUUGAGGGAAGAGGAGGGGACAGUAACUAUAAACAGGAGAGGAGCUAUCAAACAAGCCAAAAUCCACUACAUCAAAAAUCAUGAAUUUAUUGCUACCUUCUUUGGACAACCUACGUUUUGCUCUGUCUGCAAAGACUUUGUAUGGGGUCUCAACAAGCAGGGAUACAAAUGUAGGCAAUGCAAUGCUGCUAUUCAUAAGAAAUGUAUUGAUAAAAUCAUUGGGAGGUGUACUGGUACUGCAGCCAACAGCAGGGACACAAUGUUUCAGAAGGAACGCUUCAAAAUUGACAUGCCUCACCGCUUCAAGGUGUACAACUACAUGAGCCCUACCUUCUGCGACCACUGCGGCAGCCUGCUCUGGGGGCUGGUCAAACAGGGCCUCAAGUGUGAAGAAUGUGGGAUGAACGUACAUCAUAAGUGCCAGAAGAAGGUGGCAAACUUAUGUGGGAUAAACCAGAAGCUGCUAGCUGAAGCUUUAAAUCAAGUCAGCCAGAAAUCUUCACGAAGGUCUGAUUCUGGAUCUGUAGAAAGUGUUGGUAUUUAUCAAGAUUUUGAUAAGAAACCUAGAGCUCCAGGAGGAGAUACAACAGCAGAUAGCAGCGAGUACGAUAAACUGUGGGAGGGAAGCACAGCCAAGACAGCGCCACGAAUUGCAAGCAGGAGGAAAUUCAACAUUGACAGCUUUGUCUUCCACAAAGUACUAGGGAAAGGAAGUUUUGGAAAGGUUCUGCUUGCUGAGCUGAAAGGGAAGAAUGAAUUCUUUGCUAUCAAAGCUCUCAAAAAAGAUGUGGUGCUAAUUGAUGAUGAUGUGGAAUGUACCAUGGUGGAAAAGCGGGUCCUCGCACUUGCAUGGGAAAAUCCCUUUCUCACACAUCUUUACUGCACAUUUCAGACGAAGGAUCAUCUGUUCUUUGUUAUGGAGUUCCUGAAUGGGGGAGACUUGAUGUUUCACAUACAAGACAAGGGGCGCUUUGAUCUCUACAGAGCAACGUUUUAUGGAGCUGAAAUUUUAUGUGGGCUACAGUUUCUUCACAGCAGAGGCAUUAUUUAUAGAGACCUGAAACUGGACAAUGUGAUGCUUGAUAAAGAAGGCCAUAUCAAAAUAGCCGAUUUUGGAAUGUGCAAAGAAAACAUUGCUGGCGAGAGCAAGGCAAGCACUUUCUGUGGGACCCCAGACUACAUUGCUCCCGAGAUCCUGCAAGGUUUGCGGUACACGUUCUCUGUGGACUGGUGGUCAUUUGGGGUCCUGCUGUAUGAGAUGCUCAUUGGACAGUCCCCGUUCCAUGGGGAUGAUGAAGAUGAAUUGUUUGAGUCAAUCCGAGUGGACACCCCUCACUAUCCACGCUGGAUUACCAAGGAAUCAAAAGAUAUAUUAGAAAAGCUAUUUGAAAGGGAUCCAACAAGACGACUUGGGGUCACUGGGAAUAUCAGAGACCACCCUUUCUUCAAAACCAUCAACUGGACAGCGCUAGAGAAGAGGGAGGUGGACCCUCCAUUCAGGCCAAAAGUGAAGUCGGCAAGCGACUACAACAACUUCGACAGAGAAUUUUUGAGCGAGAAGCCAAAAUUGUCUUACAGUGACAAAAACCUGAUCGAGUCCAUGGACCAGUCUGCAUUUGAUGGAUUUUCUUUCAUUAACCCUAAAUUUGAACAGAUCUUGGACAAGUAAGUGUUUGAACAGCUGGACUUCGGAGUCAACCGUUAUAAACUGAGACCUCCCAAGUGCAAGGUGUUGUGUCCCAACGAUGCUGUCAAUACUUCAGAAUAAUCCACAGCGGUGCAAUUAAUUGUGUCCAACUGCUGAUUUACCAGCAGUGUUCCUUUAUGUACGGUUGGGUUUAAGGUAUGUGAAUCACGUGCAUUAUUUUCUCUCUGUGGGA